AGAUUCAGCGAUUAACUAUGCAAUUGUAUUCACUACAAGAAACUGUGAAGAGUUUACAAGCUUCACUAGCUGAUCGUGACAGUGUUCUAGCUACAGCUACAUCGGAACGCAGUGCUCUAAGUCGAGCUAUGGAACAGAAUAAAACCUUGAAACAACAAGUAACCGACUUGCAGGAUGCCUAUGCACAAAUGACUACAACAAAUGCUAAUCUAAGCGUACAAUUACAACAAUUAGAAUCUGAAUGUAAACAAUCGAGUAAUUCAAUGACAAAUUAUCAAAAACAAGUUGAUGAACUAAGUAAACAGUGUGAUGCCUAUCAAUUAGAAUUAAAAUCAGCCAAUGAAAUGAAUUAUGCCCUGUCUAAACAAAUUGAACAUUUAAAUAUUUUACAACAAGCGGAAAGUUUAAAUCAAGCGGAGACAAUGAAUCAGUCGACAAAUGUGCUAUCCGUUGACAAGAUAAUACAAACUAUUCAUAUAGAAGAUGAUGUACAGGAACAAAAUAACCAAGGAAAAAGUGAUUCUAUUCAACAUGAACAAUACCAAGGACAACAAGAACAACAGCAGCAGCAACAAGAACAACAAGAGGCAACUAAUAUGAAUGCGUUAUUGGCAAAAAUUGAAACAGAUCAGAUACAUGUCAACCAACUUACAAAUGAAGUAACAAUGUUACGAAAUUUAUUUACACGUGUAACCAAACUGUGUUAUGAAUUACAAGUACAAAAUGAACAAGAUAAAGAAUUAAUGAAUCAAUUCAGCGAUCCUGCAUAUUGUAUUAACACCUUGGAAGAGUCUGUUAAACAGUUGAUGUGUAAAUCAUCAUUGAGUGUAAAUGACACUUGUGUACAAUGCUCAAUAUCUAUGGAACAGAAAGCAUUAGAGGACUUGGAAAUACUUCAAGUUGCUCAUACACAAUUAGAAGCUAAAUUUAUCAAAUGUAUGGAAGAACUCAGCACGGUUUCAGAGGAACGCAGUCGAUUAGAAAGUGUAAAUGCUCAGUUGGAGAUGGAAGCGACAACAGUUGAAGAAUAUGUAACUCUAUUCACGCAUAGACGUGCUGCUGCAGCAAAACGUGCUAGAGCUCGUGAAUUACUACUGCAACGUCUUGUCGAUGACCGGAAACGCUUACGUCUACGUUUACAACAACUUUAUAAACAAAUGAAACCUGCUCAAAAUCAAGAGACAAAUGGAAUUCAUAAUGAACAUUUAGGAGAUACAAAUACAACAGAAGAGGUGAACGAUACAAACUUUUCACCUGGUUUCCUGAAUGAAUUUCAAAAUCUUAUUCAAGAAAUUGAACCAACUAUGGAUGAGUCAGAGUUUGAAUCAGGUGCAUCCAACUUGAACGAUGAAGAUAUGGGUAAUUCAAUGAAGGAUUCAACCAGUGAUGCUGAUGAUGGCCAGGGUGAAGAAUUUGUUCAUCAUAAUUUAACUGAUGACAUCCAACAGGAAAAUCAUACAGCACAACUAUCAUCAUCACCCUCCUUACAAAGUCUACGGUAUCAUGCACUUCGUCAUGACUGUCCACAUUGUAAAUGUUGUGUUGGUAAUCUGCUAGAAGUGUAGUGUGGUAGUAAAUAGAAGGCGGAGCGGGGAG